GGUUAUUUUCCGCCAGACGUAACGAGAACGUUAUUCGGUCUACGCGCUGUGUUCUUCGGGGAUGCUCACUCGCGAUAAGCUGAAAUUCGAGAACGGCGCCGAAGGAACGCAAAACUUGCGUUCGUGAUUAAGUGUGUGAUUCUUGUAAGUGAUUCGUUUUCCGGGAUAGCAUUAUUUUUUUGAAGAACUUGUGUAACUGGAAUACUCGAAAUGGAUAUGAAGCUGUUUAGUGUUAUGUGCUGUUUGGUCUUUUUUGGCACAACCGUGUUUGGAGCGACGACCUCGAGAGAAGUGCGAUCGAAAACUCUAGAUGAAGAUGAAGACACGUACGGGGAAUUAAAAGACACGGACAUACAAAAAGACGAUUACUACGAUGGCGACGAAGAUGUAGAAGAAGAAGCGCCCGAAGAAGACAACAACGUGGACCUCAGGAUAACCUCGCAGCCUCAGACGAUAGUCAAAAAGCUUGGAGACAACGUCCGGUUGCCCUGCCUCGUAUCGCCAGAAAAAGCCGACCCGAUCAGGGUAUGGAGAAAAGACACAGAGGUGCUGUACCAGGGCAGUGUUCCUGUAAGCGGAUCGAGAAACAUGAAAAUCGAUAACGGAUUCCUACACAUUCAAUUGCGGGACGUCGGCGAUUUCGGAGAGUACAAUUGUACGUUGAUCUUAAACGAACACGACAACCCAUUCGUCGUUCAUAAAGUACUUCAGCAAGAGGAGCCUAGGAUUAUUUCUUUAACCGUAGACAACGAACAGUCAGUGUUGGAUAUUGGUGACACGCUGACCUUGAAUUGCAACGCGACCGGUGCACCCAGGCCGAGGAUAUCUUGGCACAAGAACAACGAAAGGCUCGGCACCGAAGGCGAAACGUUCAUCAUACAAAGCGUCAAAGUGAAACACGCUGGCAGCUACAGAUGUCUGGCCGACAACAAAAUCGGAAAGCCCGCCCACGAUCACAUCGAUAUCUUUAUUAACCAUAAGCCGAUCGUUAACGUCGAGAAAUACAUCGUCAACUCUGACCACAAGAGCAAUGUCGAGCUGGUAUGUCACGUGAGCGCGUACCCGCCUCCCGCGGUGCUGUGGCAGAAGAACGGCAUGAACCUGGAGCAAAAUGAACCCAAAAUCAAGUUUGCCAACGAGCGUAACAACCAGAGAAAUAUUCUGCUGAUCAGCGAUCUCCAAGAGGAAGAUUUCGGAGAUUACACCUGCCUGGCGCAAAAUAACUUUGGUCGCUCCACGCAAAACGUUACCGUCGUGAAAACACCCGUCGUAAGGCAUUUUCAGAAACCCCAUAACGAGACGAAAGAUGCGGUUCUGAUGUGGAAGGUGGACUCCAAACAACCCAUUUCGAUGCAUGAAUUGCAGUAUAGGAAAAAAGGCGAACCUAACUGGAAGACGGUUACACCAGACGUAACAAAUGCCACUGAAGGUGAUACGUACACCAUCAAGUAUGUCCUCACGGGCCUGGAUCCUGGGUUAUAUGAGGCGCGUGUUAGAUCUCAAAAUAUCCACGGCUGGUCGAAUUACUCUCCUCCUUUACCAUUUGAAGGUGUUUUAGCUAAGCACACAGCACAUCAGAAAAGCAAAUACCACAAAAAGGACCAAAAAGGAAAAGACCAAAAAGACAUGUCACUCGAUACACCCGCACAGCAUCGUAGCGAGGAGUCAUCUUUAGGAGCAUCUACGCAUAGCGGAAGUGUUCGCAGGUCACCGUUGUCAAUGCAAAUUUUUGCAGUCGGUGCCAUUUUGUUUUCGCUGCUAGUCCACGUCAGGCAGUGAGCAGCUUUCCAAGCAACUGCUACCCGUUUGUUUUAUAGGUAUCGCAGAUCCAGAAAAAAAACCAAAGUAUUUUGCUUUAGCGACGUCAAAUUUCAAGUGCGUUGUGAAUGUUUAACCACUGCUGCGUGUUGUUUAAUCAACACUUCGUUCGACAACCUCUUGAAACCUUAUGCAAAAAAUUAUAUAACGGGGGCGCGUGGGGUUGAAUAUUCUGUGAUCUUGUUAUGAACUGAAUAAAAGAAAUUUGUUGACUCGGGGACAAUCUUAUAAGAUGCCAUAUUUUUUUAACUGUGUAAUUGUAAAUUAAAAUUUAUUUAUAAUUGUAUAAGUUACCUGUAAUGUAAUUUCCCGAAACAAUCAUGGCGCGUCUUUUUUCAUAGAAAAGUUUUGAUUUACACUGAAGAAUUUUUGUUAAAAUUUUCCUAAUACCAAACUAUGCAGCUAAUGGAUAGGUAGUAAAGUUGUUUGGUAGAAUAUUUUUUCCCCAAUUAUCCUUUAUUUUAUUUCUUUAAUUUCUUAAAAUAUGGAUAAAAUUAACUGCGAUCAUUAAACAGCAAAAUGAAAUUAACAAUGUCGCGUUAUUGCCAAGAUUGUAGGAUGUUAGGUUGGUCAGUAUUUGUUGUAUCUUUUCUCUGACGCCAUGAAAACGUAAUUGAAGAGUGAAUGUAACAAAGUGCGAAAAGGUAAGUUUUGAGAUAUUCGCGAAAAAUGUAAUAAAAACAGAAAGCUGAUAAACUAAAUAAAACUGAAAAUGAAAACCAUGAAAUGAAAAAAAAAAAGAAAAAAUGAAUAUAUUAUAUGUAUAUAUAAUCUGUAGAUUCUUGUAAGUCCUGAUGCAGUGGAUUACUGAGAUAGGGCAACAGAGAGCGAAGACUUUUCUUCCUGUUUUCAGAUAUUUUGUUUUCUGAUGGAAGUCCAAGUAGUUCAACAUUUAGCAAAUCUUCUAUUGUUCUACCCUUCAGAAUAUUGGUUUCAGUAAAUACAGAUACAGAAAAUACAGUUUUUGUCUUCCUAUUUGCGGGAUUAUCUCUGUCGAUCUGUAUUAUGACUGCUUUGCUGAUUUGAAGCUUUGAAAUGUUUAGAUGUCCAUAUUGUUCACUUCAAAUAGGGGGUUCUACCUUGCUGAUUAAAUGGCAUUGACCAGAUCGCCUGGUAUGAUAAAGCUAUGCCCGCUGAUAAGAAACUUAAUUUGUAUUGAAUGGUAAAAGUCUUGAGCUACCAAGGAUAUCAGAACAAACUAAACAUUCUACCAUAAUUUUCCAAAUUAGUUAGACACUGACAUUGGCACUCUCCUUUGAUGAGAAAUAAUACUGACACUUACCUGUGGCAUCUAUUUAUUUUUAUUGAAGGGGCUAAUAUUAAUCACAACACUUACUGCUUAUGCCAGGUAAAAUUUGGCACUUACCACCUUAGUUACUUCCAUUCUUCAAUUGUACUUUCCUUCUAGUCUACAUAUACGUGUCCAUUUCUUUAAAAUUACUUUGAGCUCUUAUCACCGACAUGAACUUUUCUUAUUCCAUUUCGGGUCUUGUAUAUUUUAGCUCGGUAGGUUAUUUUUUAAGUUUUAUAUUUUUAGAAUUAAUUUUAUUAUUAAUGCAUCUGUACAUAUAACUAUUAAUUUCUUCAUUAUCAUCGUGUGACGUGUAUUUAUGAAUUAUCUUAUAAAAUUUACUUACUAAUGUAUUUAUGUAAGUAGCAGAAAUGCCUAAUGGUCAAGUCAGUAGUAAGGAAUGCGUGUAUCCUGCGUACCAAACUGAGAUGGGUUGGCAUCAUGACUGACGUAAUCUAUACCUUAAAGAUAUGUGUUUUGUGCUGUUAUAGAAUCAUUUUGCAGUAUAUUCGAUGCUUUUGAUACAAAUUAAAAACUAUCGACUUCCUAUUCUAAAUUGAGGAACAUUUAAAUAAAUUUGGAAACUACCGAUCGACCAAACCAAACUGUCAUAUCGCCUUUUGUAAAAGAUUUUUUCGUUGAGUCUGACGUCGAUGGUUUUUAGAUUUUUAUACAAACUGUAUAUUGUAAAGAAAAUAUAAUAAAGCAUAAUAUUUAAAGUU